AUGUCGGUCUCCAUUGAAACCACCGAAAUUCCCACCGCCCCUAUGACCUCCCAGCCUGUUCUUCUGGGUCAGAAUGCCAGAAUGCCUGAAUUCAGUCUUGCUGGCAAGGUUGUACUGGUCUCCGGUGCUGGCCGCGGUCUUGGUUUGACUCAAACUGAGGCCCUCUUGGAAGCCGGUGCGAAGGUCUACGCUCUUGACCGUCUGGAGGAACCCGCCUCCGAGUUCGCUGAGAUCCAACAGCGUGCCAAGGAACUCGGAACAGAACUGCACUACCGCCGCAUCGAUGUGCGUGACACAGAGUUGCUCAACAGCGUGAUCGAGGACAUCGCCAAUACCGAAGGCCGUAUGGACGGUCUGGUUGCCGCCGCUGGUAUCCAACAGGAAACCCCUGCUCUGGAGUACUCCGCCAAGGACAGCAACACUAUGUUCGAGGUCAAUGUCACCGGUGUGUUCAUGACUUCUCAGGCCGUAGCCAAGCAAAUGAUUCGCUUUGGCAACGGUGGUAGCAUCGCCAUGAUCGCCUCUAUGAGUGGUACCAUUGCCAAUCGGGGUCUGAUUUGCCCCGCUUACAAUGCUAGCAAGGCAGCUGUCAUUCAACUGGGUCGUAACCUCGCCGCCGAGUGGGGUCAAUACAACAUUCGUGUUAACACCAUCUCUCCUGGCUACAUUGUUACUGCUAUGGUUGAGAAGCUGUUUAUCGACUUCCCUGAGCGUCGCGACCAGUGGCCUAAGGAGAACAUGCUCGGUCGUCUCUCCCGCCCCGAGGAAUACCGUGGUGCCGCAGUCUUCUUGCUGAGUGACGCUAGCAGCUUUAUGACUGGUAGCGACUUGCGCAUGGACGGUGGUCACGCUGCGUGGUAA